UCAGUACCGCUCAAGUGAGCACAUAGUGAACGUCGGAAUCGCGCCUACUGCAUACGGUUCUUUGCUGUCUCUGCCGACGCAUGCUGGGUGACCAACGUUUGCAUUCCCGACUCCCCUCCUUUUUUCUUUUUUGUGUUUGCGUGCGUACAGCAAUAAGGAAAAAGAAAAUAUACCAUCGGUGAAACGUGUCAAGAAGAACUGACGUCAUUCCAGGAUUCGUCUACCAUUGACAGAUAGGAACGAAAAAAACAAACAAAAACAAUUAGCGACCUAAGCUAAUCUGCAGACGACUGAUUACACAAGUGUGUGAUAAGGAUUGUACACGUCUUUUACCUUAUUGUUGAGAAAGGUUUUCCAUUUUCAACGCAGACAAUGGCCGUCCAACAAGGAUUGAGUCUCCUGAAUUUGGAAAAUAAAACAAGACAGCAACCAAAAAUCGCUCACGAACAAGGCGCCGGAUCGCAGUGCACGAAAUGCGGGCCCAAAUGUGCUGGAUUCGAUCUCCAUUACUGGAGGAAAAUAUGCCGAAAUUGCCGUUGUGGUAAGGAGAAUCACUUGGUGACGGAUGAAGAUCAGUCGAGCCGAUUAGUCCGUCUGUUGGACAGUCCGUAUUUAUCGAAAACGGAAACAAUUCCAAUCCAUCUGAAAGGAAGUCCAACGGCGAGCCGACCAACCAAAUUGAGUUUCAGUACGCCACCUGCCGUGGCAAUGGAUGCUCCGGCUAGUCCGCUGGAUUGGCUACCGCCAACAGCUGACUCGCAAUUAGCCGCUAAAUACAUUGAACAACUUCCAAUUGCAAAGCAACCCAUUACCGGUAGCAAAGCGGCUGUUGACCGCAAAAUAGCUCUCGACCGUCAGUUGCCGUCGCACGACCUCGAUCCAGACCAAUGCCAGUCCCUGUCUGCCAAUGAGAAACGAAAGAUGGAAGAGUAUGUCAAGAACGUCAAACAAUACGUUGUGGGUCAAGGAUUGAUUCAAGAGUGUCCACCGCGAAUGGGGAAACUUCCACCUCCGCCACCGCAAUUGGACCGCAUUCUGGGCGAGAAAGUCAGUCAUUUAACUAUGCAAGAAUCUGGCGCUGCGAAACCUAUUCAAAAUAGACCGAUUCCAUCGUUCGUCACGGCUAAGCCGUUCGUCAAAGCCGAAGGUCCAUCGGUGGAUCAAAUUAGGCGGAUGGCGACUAAGCCUCACGCUGGGAUGGAUGCUGAACAAUUUCAUGAUUUACCUCCACCGCCGCCGGAUAUGUUGAUGGAUGAUCCACCGUCUCCGGCUCCUCCUCUGCCGCCACCGCCACCUAUUCCGCAAUUGGCGGUGGAAUCCGACAACGCGGCGGAACAACCCAGAAACAGACGCCAGGAUCCGGUGAUGGAUUUCUUUGAUUUUUUGGAUGAACAGGAAGGCAAAAAAUUGCCGGGCAAAUUGAGAUCGCCAUUUUUGCACCAGGCGGCCGCGUCCGGCACUUUCAAUUCGACAGCCAGGCCGUACGGAGCAUCUCCUGGUACGUCGCCCAAGUUGAACCAACGCAAUAAAGUUGGCAUGGUUACAUCAUCGGCUGGCGUAGCUGCGGUCGCUGGAACCGCAACCGGAAGUCGGGGUUCGUCUCCGAGAUUAGGAGCACGUGACGGAAUCCAAAUUCCACCGGCUUCGGGAUCCGGGUCUUUACCCACCAACAGCAAUCAAGCGCCGCGUCGAUUACUAACGACCGAUUUCGAUUAUUUUCCGGAACAAGUGGCGACAUCUAAUGCCAACAACAAUCAAGUGCCUAUUCUUCAAAAUAUCAACAACAAUAAUCAAUCACCUUCGACGAGUAGACGUCCAUUAUCUGGCCAACUUCCACAGCAACUGCGCGAACAGCAACAUCCGUCGUCUUCUGUCCAGCAUCAAAGCCAACAGAAGGCCAAUAGCGGACAGGAUAACAAUAAAUAUGUGACAGGUCAAAUACCUGCUCCUCCAGUCCAGCACACCGACAACAUCCAACAAGAGGUUGUUUUCCAAGAUCCGGAAGGCCAGAACGCAUGGUCGUGCCGGAAAUGCAGUCAGCCCAUUGAAGCCGGAACUGUGGCCAUUUUCGCCGAAAGAGCCGGCAGCGAUAAAUGUUGGCACCCGCAGUGUUUCCAAUGUUCCAUUUGCCACGAAAUGCUGGCGGAUUUGAUUUAUUUUUUCGCGGAUGACGACGUGUUCUGCGGCCGUCACUACGCGGAAAAGAUGGAAAUUCCGCGCUGCAAAGCCUGCGACGAAUUGAUUUUCGCGCCAGAGUACACGAGCGCCGAGGGAGCCAGUUGGCACAUGGAUCAUUUCUGCUGUUGGCUCUGCGACACUCCGCUGGCCGGCCAUCAAUACACGCCGAUCGAAGGCCAGCCGCACUGCCUCGAUUGCUACCAGAAGAAAUACGGCAAGGAUUGUUACGAGUGCAAGAAGCCAAUCCGAGCGGAAGAAACGCGAGUUAGUCACGGCGAGAUGAACUGGCACAAUACGGCCAGUUGCUUCAAGUGUCGCCAGUGUCAAACGUCCAUGAUGAAUCGCCAGUUCAUCUUGAAGAACGGCCACAUCUAUUGCUCCAGAGAGUGCCUCGUUCAGCAUUCGCAAUGCCAGGCGCAGCCAGUCCUAGUCUGAAAACAAAUGGAAAACUGAGUAAUGAAAUAUACGAUAUAAAAUCAACUAUCUCCGGAGCUCUCGCUGUGUCUCUCUCGCUCACCGAUGCCAGCGGCAUUACAUUCUACCUUGUCUUGUUUUGCUAUUUCUUCGUUGGUUAUCAUCUCUCCAUUUUUGUUUGUUGGUCUCUUGUUGUUUCCAUUCCUAUCACAUCUUCCAUUUUACUUAUUCCGGCUUCAGUAUGGACAUUCAGACAAUCCAGUCGGGGAAAAAAGAAUAAAUACAAUAAUUGGAAUAUCAGAAA